UCAAAUGUCAAUAAUAAUAUGUUUACAUUUUACAGAAUUGGAAAAUUUUACAUAAUGUGUUAACUGUGAACCUAAAUAAGAACAUAGAAGUUGUAACUGUGAACAAUAAUAAGUUAAUUUAUCAAAAAGGUUUUGUUACUCGUAAAAUGUCUUUCUUCAAGAAUGUAACUUCUGGAUUUAAUAUUCGCAGUCGUGAAACAAUUCUUAAGGAAUCAUUGAUAAAUAAUUUGUCAGAAUGCGUAAAAGACAUACAAUACAAUAGCCAAUUCGAAGAAAAUUUUCACAGUGUCCUUGGUUCUUCUGAUUCAACAAAUACUCUUUGCAUGGGCUUGGAAGCUAUUUUUCUACAUGGCUUAAAAGAUACAUUUCUACGAAAAGCUAAAAAUGUUAUCUCUGGUGAACUAGAUCGUCCUCAAUCAAGCUUUUGGCCACUUAUUUUAGUUCUUUCACAUCGACAGAAUAUUGAUCAAAUUUCUUCAUUACCGCAAAUUAAUACUGAAAUAGGACAAUGUCGGGCCUGGCUACGUAUAGCCCUCAACGAGUGUCUCUUAUCAUCAUAUAUGGCUACGCUCUUAAAAAAUAUAUCAGCUGUUAAGCCUUUCUACAAUAGAAGUGCAUUUGUUUGCGAUUCUGAAGUCUUAGAAGUAGCUCAGAAAUUAAUCCAAGGAUUAGAAACAUGUGUGCAGUUUAAUCUUCCAAUAAAUUCAAGUCUCCUCAAUCAAUGGCCUGAGCAAGUCCUCAUGCAAGCUGGUAUUUGGGUACCAACUCUGAAGGUAGCACCAAUUUCAGCUGGUCUUGAUGUUGCUAGCACUUUAUCUGAUGAAACUGUACCCAAAUUGGCUUCUACACCUAAUAAAUCUUCAAAUAUUACUGGUUUGGGUAAAAUGUGGGCUCUUAAUGAAGAUGAAGCAUUAGACUUUAUCUUGUCUAAAGAUUCUGCACAAUUUUCAAGUAGUGACAAAGAUACACAUGUUGUAGAAGCAGCCGAGGCAAUACCAGAAACUGAUGUUGAAACAAAUGUAAAAGAAAGUGAAGAAAUUCCUUUGAAUGAAGAGCAACAAGAUCUUUCACAGAUUUAUUCAUCAUCAGUUAAUUCAGAAGGGUUUGUUGCCCCAUCUGAUGUUAUCAUAUCAGGAAAUUCUCUUAGUGGCAAAGGCUGGUCUAAUGAUACAAAUGAUGAUAAUGCUUCAAUAAAUUCUAACUCUUCUCAUGGAAGCAGUAUGAUAAAAACCCCAGAGCUAAAAAGUCUUUCCUCGCUUAUAGACAACUCCAACUUAUAUGGAGAAGUGAAUACCAAUACUCCCAAUUUAAGAGAUAUUAUGAAGGAUAUUCAUAAAGAAUUAAAAAUAACAGUGGAAGACAAUAAUGAAUGUAAUUUGAAUGUAGAGAAUGUUACACCAGAAGAUCCAUCACUUCACAGUUUAGAUUUUGAAAUAGUAUCAAAUUCAACUGGCUCCUUCUCAGUUCCCGAGUUACAAAAGAUGAUAAAACAAUUAGGAUUAUUAUCAAGAGAAAAAGGACUUGAUAAUCAAAAUUAUCAAUGUAGAGGAUGUCAAGAUCUUUUAGGCAGUACAGUAUCUAAGGCAAAAGUUUGUGGUUUCACUGGAGAAUAUUACUGUUCAAAUUGUAUGGAUUCAAAUGUAUUUAUCAUACCAGCAAGAGUUAUUCAUAAUUGGGAUUUCAAAAGAUAUGCUGUUUCAAAAAGGGCAGCACUUUUCCUCUUAGAAUUUCAACAUCAACCUUGGAUAGACAUGAAAAAACUGAAUCCAAAAAUAUAUAUGGGAGUCUCGGAUAUGGCACAUUUGCAGGAGCUGAGAAUUCAAUUAAAUUUUCUCAGAGCUUAUAUAUUCACUUGCAGAGAACCAGUCAUAGAAGAAUUGCAAAAAAGGAUAUGGCCAAGGGAGUAUUUGUAUGAUCAUGUUCAUCUAUACACAAUAUCAGAUCUAGCACAAAUACCAAAUGGUUCUUUGGUUUUGCAGUUGGAGAAAGUGGUAAAUUUUGCAAAAACCCAUGUGUUAGACUGUUGGCUGUGCAGUCAGAAAGGUUUCAUAUGUGAGGUAUGCAGGGAUCCAAAGAUAUUGUAUCCUUUUGAGACAAGUACAACAUACAGAUGUGAUGAAUGUUCCAGUGUCUUUCAUGCAAAAUGUUUAAAUGAGAAUAUGCCAUGUCCAAAAUGCAAAAGAAGGCAAGAAAGAACAAAUGACUCAUCACUAGUUGAUGCUCUUCACAGUUUAAUGAUUAAAUAGAAGUAUAUUCACAUUUAUGGAUUGGAUGAGAUAUGCAUUAUUGAAAAGCAAUAAAAGAAACAAUGUGAAUUGAAUGGCUCUGUUGUUUAUGAGUUGAAAUUCAAUACAUUGUAGUUUAUUGAGGGUUGAUAAGAGAUAAAUGCUUUAGUGAUCAUGAUUCCAUUAUAUUACGAUUGUAAUAUUAUAAAAGAUAAGUCUAUUAAAAAGCCAUUAAACUAUGUAAUCACAAAUGUAUUGGUCAAUAAAAAUGGUACUUAUUUUUUAAAUCAUAAUAAUUUUAGUAAAGAGUAAUAUAUUAUAUAAUAUCUAUAAUAUACAUAUCUAUUUAUUUUAAUUUACCUAUUAAAUAGUUUUCAUGUAGAAAUAUGGUAAAUAAAGGAAAUGUUUUCUGGGUG